AUAAAUUGGUCGUUGAUAACAAACAGUAAGUGAUCCAGACAUUUGGAAUACAUUUAGUAUGCCUUUAAAUAUUCGCUAGUCGUAUAGCCUACCUAACUCCUAGUUGGUAUGCGUACUUAAUAUUGGUAGAGACUCUAAGAGGACUUAAUGAUCUAUAAUGGUACAUUGUUCUACCUUUGGACACGGAUUAUUAAACGUUCUGCUAUUUAGAGCAACAUGCUGUGUUUUAAUAAUAAGUCUACCUAUAGUGUACCCUGAGAAGACAACUUACACGCUGACCGAAGAGAAAAAAUCUUUUUUGCGGAAACAGUGAGAGUUGUCAAUUAACAGUGCUAUCGGAAGCAAGUGAAAUAAAGUCCAGCCCACAACUUUAUGUGUCAUACCUACUUCGUUUGUGUGUCCACAUGAGUCGGUCGCCACUAUGAGGCUAAUAGUACUUUGUGUUGUUUUUAUCACACAAAAAAUACUUGCUAGUGACUUGUGCCAUGGGAAAGUGUGCAUUAAGAAAUGUUGCCCAGACGAUCAUAUCGUUAGAAGUGCUAAAAAUUGUACACCAUAUACAGGAAAAGUGGAUUUAAAAAUAAGUGUGUACAACGAAGGAUACAACGAAAUAGGACUUUUUGAAGAUCAUUUUUAUCCAGAAGCGGGGAUAUUUCUUGAUGAUGGUUUUAAGAAACGUGCCCUCAAUUACACUAUACUAUACACGACGUACUUCUUGAUGCAGAAUGGCACCUUAUUUUUAGAAAGAAAGAAAUCAAAACAGAUACACGCUUACGAAACUGACCGGUACUGCAUCGACGCCGAGUUAGCUCCAAACAAGACGCUUAUACCUGCUGUAUAUUUUACAAAAGACGCUGAAACUCCUCGUAACGACGAUCCUUUAAAAUGGGGAUUCCUUGUGUCAAGUGUGUUCCUGCUGCUGCUGCUGGUGGUAUACAGCCUGCUGCCGGAGCUGCGCAAUUUAGGCGGACUUAUCUUCAUGGCAUACGUCGCCAGUCUCAUGAUGGGCUUCAUCUUCUACUUCUGCAUAGCAAUGGGCAAAUUAACUUCAUCGGUGUGUCUGGUUAUAACUUGUCUAACAUAUUUCUUCAUGCUGGCCAGUUUUGGUUGGUUGAACGUCAUGUCCUACGACAUAUUCUGGACCUUCAGAGGCUACGCGAAGGCGCGUCCCAUCCACCGUCGAGGGGAGAACAUAAAGUUCCUUAUGUACUGCGCCUACGCAUUCGGCGUCCCGCUCGGUCUCACCAUAGCACUGGUGACUUUGAACGAGGUGAACAAUCACCGACGGCUCGGUGGCAUCGUCCCUGAAAUACCUUUGAAAGGAUGCUUUCUAGAAGGUCCUGCGAAGUACGUGUACCUGUACGCGCCGAUGCUGCUGAUGAUCCUGGCCAACUGGGUGUUCUUCCUGCUGACAGCUUUCAACAUCUGGAGGCUGACGCGAGGGGGCGAUGUGCUGCGGGCUCAGGACUCUGCCGCCACCGGCUCCUCGACCGCGCGACAAGUUAACAAGCAAAGGUUUCUAAUGUACCUGAAAUUAUCUGUGCUGAUGGGCCUGAGCUGGAUCCUGGAGGUCGUCAGCUCGUACAACCCCGACUUCGAGGGCUGGUACAUCACAGACCUGUAUAACGUGUUCAUGGGGGUGAUCAUCUUCGUCAUCUUCGUCUGCAAGAGGAAAGUCUGGAACAUGCUGAAGAAAAGGUACACGAACUUCAAGCACCAACACAAGUUCUCCUUGCGGUCCAAGAGCCAAACCAGAAGCUCGCAGGAUGAGUCGACCACGCAGAGCAUACCUCUACAAUCGCCCGUCUCUACCACUGCGUCGACAAAUAUGUUUGAACUGAAUCCAAAAAAAGAAGUGGUUUAACACUAGCUAGUUACAAAUAAUUCCAAUGCAAAGCAUAAUAAUAUCUAAAAGAUAUUUCAGGCCUAGAAGCCAAUUUAGUUGAAAAUCAACUAUAAUAUUUGAAUUUUAAUUGCAUUUAAAGUAAACAAUUGACAUUGCGACUAUAUGACGUCAUAAUUCCUAAGUACUCUACAGUGGGCCACAGAUCCAGCUACCCAUUUCCGAUUUUUCUCUAGCUCUCAUCAAAUGGCGAUUCUUUGCGAUAGAACGAGACGACAUGACCGGAAAUGGGUACCUAGCUGGAAGUGUGACCUAGGGAUGUUAUGGAUAGAAGUUUCGGUUAUGGAUACGGUUACGUAUAUUACAAUAAUAUUAUACCGGUUUCGGUUACGGUUACGAAUAUGAAAUAAUUUCGGAUUAUCCAAUAUAUAAUUUCGAAACCAAAAAAGCGAUACCCAGUCAACUUGUGAUGUUACAUUCCAUGUUAUAGUUAGUAGUAAGUAGUUGUAAUAGUUUAAAAUGCAAGUUUGAACGCUUUUUAAAUACUUACUUAUUUUGGUAUUUCAUAGCAUUUUAGGUAACAAAUUAAGAAAAAAUUUUAUAAAAAAAAAAACCGACUCCAAAAAAUCUACACUAAAAAGUAGAAAAAUAAUUACUAAUUACCUACUUAUUUAUUAGGACGAAUUAUUAAUAUUUAUGUAGGUAUACCAUGAUUGAUACUUCUGGAGUCGGUGCCAAGAUUAUGAAACAUGUAAAGUUUGCCUGCACCGACUCCAAAAGUAUCAAUCAUGGUAUACCUAAAUAAAUAUUAAUAAUUCGUCCUAAUAAAUAAGUAGGUAAUUAGUAAUUAUUUUUCUACUUUUUAGUGUAGGUUUUUUGGAGUCGGUUUUUUUUUUUUUUUUAUAAAAUUUUACUUAUUUCUUGCUUUUUAGUUAACUAAUUAUUACCUUGAUGUUACCACUGAAGGUAGGCAGUACACUGAGACCAUAUUCUUCAUGUCUAGUGUAAAAUAAUAUUCCCUACAAAAUACAGGUUACCAUAUAGGAAACCUAAAAAGACCUUAAACCGUCAGCCCACCUUAAAAACAUGAAAGAAUACAACUGUUGGUCUAUUUGUACUUAUAAUAUUUAAAGAAUUAUCCUCCAACUCCAAAGCAUUAAGGAGUUGUACCUACCAUGACCAGUUCAUCGUGAUGAGAUGAUGAAUAUCUGAUGUAAACACCUGAAUAACUUUAGAAACUAUACUUAUCUAUGAAAUUAAAAGAAUUAUCCUCCAACUCCUAAGCAUUAAGGAGUUUUACCUUCUAUCAUCAGCUCAUCAAUAUGAGAUGAUGAUUUCCAGGAGCAAAUACUUGAAUAACUUAAGAAAAAGUUUGAAAAACGAUAUACGUGCCUAUAAAAUUUGAGGGUUGCCCUCGAUUUCCCUAGGAUCCCAUCGUCAGAUCCUGACUUGGUGACAAUGGGACCACCUCAGAAGUGUACCCUAUCGAACAAAAAAAGAAUUUUGAAAAUCGGUCCACAAUUGACGGAGUAAUCGGUGAACAUACAUAGAAAAAAAAAAACAUACAGUCGAACAUAUAACCUCCUCCUUUUUUGAAGUCGGUCAAUCAUAAAACAACGGUUUUAAACCCUCAAUAUUGUUCCAAUGCUGUACACGCAGACAAACAAAAGCUUAAUAACUUCAGUCUCCCCCAGAAUUAAUAAUGAUAUUAUAGAAUGUUGUAAUAAUAAUUAUUAUAUUUAACUAAUAGUUACUUAGGUAUUAAUUUAUUGUAAUUUUACCUCCGAUUAAAAAUUAGUUACGUUUAAUAGUUUUAUCAGGAUGAUAAUUAUAGUUGGGUGGGCUAAUAUCCCAUUUCAAAAGUAAAGUGUUAUUAAAAUGCAAGUUUUUGGUAAUAAUAAUUUAGUGAUAUAAGUCGGCCGUUUGGUGUAGUGGUUCAGAACGGACUACUAUGCCGAGAGGUCCCGGGUUCGAUUCCCGGCCGGGCAGAAAUUGAAAUGAUGAAUUUUAAUUUCUGUGACGGGUCUGGGUGUGACUAUGUAUAAUAUUUAUGUAUUUAAAAAAAAAGUAUAUAAGUACCUAGUAUAUCCGUUAAGCUAGCACCCAUAACACAAGCAUUAAGUUGCUUACUUUGGGGCUAGCUGGCGCUGUGUGAAAUUGUCCAAAGAUUUAUUUAUUUAUUAUUUAUAAAUAAAAAUAAUGUAAACCCACUCGGAAAAGGGUCAGGUGCAUUAAGUUUUAAGAUUUUUAUUUUUAUUUUUUGUCGAUUUGUCACACUUCCGUAAAUUGAAAAUAUAUUCGUCAUAAACAUGGUAAAGUAACUUUCCUAAAUACUUUGUUACGUUUAUAGUAAAAUAUUAAGUGUGUGACGAAUUUGCAAAAGCUUUUUUUCGUUUUUCGUGACUUUGGUGCAACUUUGUUGCAAAUAGACUAUAGUCUGGUUUUUUUAAAAACGACCAUUUCGCUACAACUUUGGUACGUGACUAUUUGCGACUAUGCACAAGUCUUUAAAAGCUUUGAAUAGGAUAACUUAGUUUAAGUUAAAUAAGUAUUCGGUACAACUUUCAAACCAAAGAUUUAGAGUAGGCGCACACCGUUGAUUUUUCUUCGGCCGAUAGUUUAGUCGGGCAGUUGAUCAGUAUGGGCAUGUAUGGGAGUGCGCACACUACGCCGAUUCGAUUUGGCCGAUUCUUCAUACAAUUUAAAAUCGGGCACAACUAUCGGCCAACUAAAAAUCAACGGUGUGCGCGCCUACUUAAUCUAUCUUCUUUAUUAUUAUUAUAUUAUAAAUAAAAAUGAAUUGUUGUUCGUUAGUCUGAUUAAAACUCGAGAACGGCUGGGCCGAUUGAGCUGAUUUUGGUUUUAAAAUGUUUGUCGUAGUCCAGGGUAGGUCUAAACGAUGAGCAAAUACGCGCGCGAUAUUGUUUUCCUGUGACAGACAAAAUUCCACGCGGGCGAAGCCGCGGGCGGAAAGCUAGUCUAUGAAUAAAAUAAAAGACUGCCAAUUAAAAUU